AGACAGACUGGUGCCCCCAGUGUGGGCUCGUCUCUGCUCAGUGACUGUCUGCAGUGUUUGGGUAAUAUAUUCAUUGCUUUAUUUAUACCGGGGAGUAAGUGCCUUAUUGUACUGGAAGCAGCCACAGUCUGCCUGCUUAAUGCUGGGAUUUUGCUGUGCUUUGAGUGCACAAAUACAUCCCUAUGGGGUCUCAAUCAAAUAUUCAGCAAAAUCUUUUCCAUUUUUAUUUAAAUUGGAAAAUGCCAAAAUCCUGGCCUUAAAAAGAAAACAUUUCACUAAUUUCACAGUUGGAUUUUGUGAAGCGAUUUGUUUUUGUGCGUGACUGGCAGUUGCUGUGAUCAGUCCUCACACUGGGCUCUGUGUUAUAACAUUUUUAACCCCUUAAGGACACAUGGCGUGUGACAUGUCAUGAUUCCCUUUUAUUCCAUAAGUUUGGUCCUUAAGGGGUUAAACAUGCUGUGCUUUUGAUUUUGAUCGGUUUUAAUGUGUUUUUAUAAAUGUAACUGUUCUUUUUUCGGAUCUAGAGUGGAAGAAUUCCUCGAGCAGAAUAUCGCCCGCAUGUGGUGUGGUGCAGUGAUUGUCGUGGUGACCCAUCCCACCAUGAGAUCCCUAUAUUGUAUUUUCUCUAAUAUAAAGAAUAUGGAAGCCUUUUGGUAAGUAGUGUUUCAGUAAAAUUAAAUAUAACUUUUUAUAAGUGAAAGAGAACAUCACUCUUAAAAAUAGAGCAUAGCAUGGAGAGUGGCUAACUUUAAACUUGCAGGCAUUCGGCGUGAGCACUGUACUGUAUUUUUUAUGAGUGAUGUGUAACUGGGAUCUGCGGUUUUGCUUGGAGACUUUCCCACUUAAUGUAUUACAUGUAACGUGUAACUGGGAUCUGUGGGUUUUAGCCGUGUUUAUCCACCCUUCCAUGUGACGUGUAACUGGGAUCUGUGGGCUUUAGCCGUGCUUAUCCACCGUCCCGUGUAGAUGUAUUCCAUGUGAGGUGUAACUGGGAUCUGUGGGCUUUAGCCGUGCUUAUCCACCCUCCCAUUUAGAUGUAUUCCAUGUGAGGUGUAACUGGGAUCUGUGGGUUUUAGCUGUGUAACUGGGAUCUGUGGGCUUUAGCCGUGUUUAUCCACCCUCCCAUGUAGAUGUAUCCAAUGUGAGGUGUAACUGGGAUCUGUGGUCUUUAGCCGUGUUUAUCCACCCUCCCAUUUAGAUGUAUCCAAUGUGAGGGGUAACUGGAAUCUGUGGGCUUUAGCCGUGUUUAUCCACCCUCCCAUGUAGAUGUAUUCCAUGUGACGUGUAACUGGGAUCUGUGGUCUUUAGCCGUGCUUAUCCACACUCCCAUUUAGAUGUAUUCCAUGUGAGGGGUAACUGGGAUCUGUGGUCUUUAGCCGUGCUUAUCCACACUCCCAUUUAGAUGUAUUCCAUGUGAGGUGUAACUGGGAUCUGUGGGCUUUAGCCGUGCUUAUCCACCCUCCCAUUUAGAUGUAUUCAAUGUGAGGUGUAACUGGAAUUUGUGGGUUUUAGCCGUGUUUAUCCACCCUCCCAUGUAGAUGUAUUCAAUGUGACGUGUAACUGGGUCCUGACAGCUUUCAUUUAGUUUUAUAGUUACAUAGUUACAUAGCUGAAAAGAGACUUGCGUCCAUCAAGUUCAGCCUUCCUCACAUUUGUUUUUUGCUGUUGAUCCAAAGGAAGGCAAAAAAAACCCAGUUUGAAGCACAAUUUUGCAACAAGCUAGGAAAAAAAUUCCUUCUUGACCCCAGAAUGGCAGUCAGAUUUAUCCUUGGAUCAAGCAGUGAUUACCCUACAUUGAAAGAUUAUAUCCUUGAAUAUUCUGUUCUUGCAAGUAUACAUCUAGUAGCCAUUUGAACAUCUGUAUGGACUCUGAUAAAACCACUUCUUCAGGCAGAGAAUUCCACAUCCUGAUUGUUCUUACAGUAAAAAAACAUUUCCUUUGCCUUAGACGAAAUCUUCUUUCUUCCAGUCUAAACGCAUGGCCUCGUGUCCUAUGUAAAGUCCGGUUUGUGAAUAGAUUUCCACACAAUGGUUUGUAUUGGCCCCGAAUAUAUUUGUAAAAUGUUAUCAUAUCCCCUCUCAGGCGACGUUUUUUUCUAAACUAAAUAGGUUUAAACUUGUUAACCUUUCUUCAUAGCCGAUACGUUCCAUUCCUUUUAUUAAUUUUGUAGCCCGCCUCUGCACUUUUUCUAGUGCCAUCAUAUCCUUCUUUAGAACAGGUGCCCAAAAUUGCACAGCAUAUUCAAUAUGGGGUCUUACCAGUGAUUUAUAAAGAGGCAAAAUUAUAUUCUUGUCCCGAGAAUGAAUGCCCUUUUUCAUGCAUGACAAUACGUUACUGGCCUUGGCCACUGCUGAUUGACAUUGCACAUUGUUGCAUAGUUUGUUGUCUAUAACAGUUCCCAAGUCCUUUUCAUGUGUUGUUAUCCCUAAUUCGCAUCCAUUAACCCCUUAAGACCGGAGGGCGUACUAUUACGUCCUCUAAUAGGCGGCUCUAAACGCUGCCGGGCGUAAUAGUACGCCCUCCGGUCUUUCUGUACUUACCCGGUCGCCGGCGGUCCCACGCCGGCGAUCGCGGUGGGGGGGACUCCCAGGGAGCCCCCCGCGGCACGACCGUCCUCCAGGAAGCCCCCCGGCCGUGUGAGAGUGGGGUCCUAGCGAGGACCCCACAAUCACAUGGCCGGGGAUAGCUGGCUUCAGUAUUGCCAGCAGGGGGGCUGCCUGUAAUGACAGGUGGUCCCCCUGCUGGCUGAAAAUAAAAAUGAAAUAAAUAAAUAGUGUAAAAAAAUAAAUAAUAUAUACUUAGAUCAUAUAUAUAUAUUAUAUAUAUAUGAUCAAAGUAUAUAUACACACAUAUACAUACACACAUGUACACCGUCUAGGUGUAUUUUACUAUUAAUAUAUAUAUAAUUAUAUAUAUAUAUUAAUAUCAAAUUACACGUAUACUGAUACUGAUUAAAUAUAUAUAUAAUUAUUGUUAUAUAUAUAUUUAUAUAUAUUAUAAAAAAAAUUAAAAUGUAAAUACGUUAAAAAAUAAAAUUACAAAAAUAAUUAAAAUAAAUAAUUAAAAAAUAUAUAGAUGUGUGUUAUUUCGUUCUAACUGUAUUGUGAAAUUAAUAUAUAUAUAUAUAUAUCAAAAUACACAUAGAGCGAAAUAAUAUAUAUAUUUAUACACAUAAAUAUAUACGUAUAUAUCACUAUAUAUAUACCUAUAUAUAAAUAAAAAUAUUUAAAAAAAAUUAUAUAGAUAUAUACAUAUAUAUACACAUACGUAUAUAUAUACAUAUAUUGAUUCUACAUCUAUAUAUAUAUUAUGUAAUAUUUUUACAUAAUUAGGUAUCUUAAUUAAUUACAAUUAGCAGGACCUGCAUGACAACCCAUGCCGAAAGUAAAGGGAAUUUAAUUUGCUAGCACUAUAUUUAACCCUAUAACUUUCCGAGACACCAUAAAACCUGUACAUGGGGGGUACUGUUCUACUCGGGAGACUUCGCUGAACACAAAUAUUAGUGUUUCAAAACAGUAAAAUGUAUUACAACGAUGAUAUCGCCAGUAAAAGUGACGUUUUUUGCAUUUUUCACGCACAAACAGCAUUAAACGGACAAUAUUAUUGCUAUGAUACUUUUUACUGUUUUGAAACACAAAUAUUUGUGUUCAGUGAAGUCUCCCGAGUACAACAGUACCCCUCAUGUACAGGUUUUAUGGUGUUUCAAAAGUUACGCGUCAAAUAUAAGGCUUGCGUUUCAUUUUUUUCAUUAAAAUUCGCCAGAUUGGUUACGUUGCCUUUGAGACCCUAUGGUAGCCCAAGAAUGAAAAUUACCCCUAUGAUGGCAUACCAUUUGCAAUAGUAGACAACCCAAGGUAUUGCAAAUAGUGUAUGUCCAGUCUUUUUUGUAGCCACUUAGUCACAAACACUGGCCAAAAUUGGUGUUUUUUGCAUUUUUCACACACAAACAAAUACUAACGCUAACUUUGGCCAGUGUUUGUGACCAAAUGGCUACUAAAAGACUGGACAUACCCCAUUUGCAAUACCUUGGGUUGUCUACUAUUGCAAAUGGUAUGCCAUUAUGGGUGUAAAUUUCAUUCCUGGGCUACUAUACAGUCUCAAAGGCAACGUAACCAAUCUGGCGAAUUUCAAUUUCAAAUGUAACGCUAUAUUUGACCCUGUAACUUCCCAAAAUGCCAUAAAACCUGUACAUAGGGGGUACUGUUUUACACGUGAGACUUUGCUGAAUACAAAUAUGUGUAUUUUAUUGCAGUAAAAGCAAACAGUAUUAUGACACUGACCGUUUAAAUGUCAUGUAGAACUAAAAAAAUCCCAUAAAAUCGUAUUUUCUCCCAUUUUUUUCAUAUUAAAUUAUGUUUCAUAGCUAAAUAAUUGAUAUUAAAUGAAAGCCCUGUUUCCCCUGAAUAAAAUGAUAUAUAAUAAGGGUGGGUGCAUUUACUAUGAAAGAGGUGUAUUACGGUUGGACAGACAUGUAGCGCAAAUGCCAGGUUUUGUUUACAUUUUGUUUUGUUCACAACGUGUACAUUUGGCUCCGUCCUUAAGGGGUUAAGGGUAUACAUUGCUUGUGUAUUCUUUACGCGUAGUGCAUAACUUUGCAUUUUUCAACAUUAAAUUUCAUCUGCCAUUUGAGUGCCCAGUCUAUCUAAAUCCUUCUGCAGCAAAGUAAUAUCUUGAUCACAUUGUGUUAUUUUACAAAGUUGACAAACAUGACUUCCAAUGCUGUCUUCAAGAUCAUUUAUAAAUAUGUUAAAUAGAAGGGGUCCCAGAACAGACCCCUGAGGGACACCACUUGCCACCUCUGUCCAGCUUGAAAAUUUACCAUUAAUGACAACUAUUUGUACUCUGUUUUUAAGCCAAUGUUCUACCCAAGAACAAGCAUUUUCAUCUAGACCGAUUUCCUUGAGUUUGAACACUACUCUAUUGUGGAACUGUAUCAAAUGCCUUGGCAAAAUCCAAAUAGAUCACAUCCACGGCAACACCCUGAUCUAUACUUCUACUUACUUCUUCGUAGAACGCAAUCAAGUUAGUUUGACGUGACCGGUGCUUUAUAAAACCGUGCUGAUUUUUGCUGAUAACCAUGUUCUUCUCAAGGAAUUCUUGAAUAUUAUCCCUUAAUAACCUUUCAAAUAUUUUACCAGCCACAGAAGUUAAGCUCCCAUGUCUAUAAUUUUGAACCAUUUUUGAAUAUAGGAACCACAUCUGCCUUCCUCCAAUCCUCCGGAACACUUCCUGAAAGAAAAGAAUCUUGAAAGAUUAAAAACAGAGGUUCACUUAUUUCUACACUUAGUUCCUUAAGUACACAUGGAUGGAUACCGUCAGGCCCUGGAGCUUUGUUUAUAUUAACUUUCUUUAGUUGCUGCAGCACUUUGUCUUGAGUUAACCAAUUACAAUUAUUCUGCAAGUUUUUAGUAGCAAUCAUUUGCACAUCUAUUGCCAUGGGUUCUUCCUUAAUAUAUACGGAGGAGAAAUAGUUAUUUAAUAUUCCUGCCUUUUCCUGGUCUUCAUUAACUAACACCCCCGUUUCAGUUUUUAGUGUACCUACACUUUCAUUUUUGGGUUUUAGAAUUUAUGUACUUAAAAAAUGCUUUGGGGUUGGUUUUGCUCUAUUCAGCUAUCAUUAUUUCAUUUUGAAGUUUAGCAAGUCUAAUUGCCUUUUUGCACGCAUUAUUGGCAUCCUUAUAUCUUUUAUAAGAUGCAUCUGAUUUGUCCGAUUUAAAUGCUUUAAAUGCCCUUUUCUUAGUUGUAAUCUCUUGUUUUACUUCUCUACUAAGCCACAUUGGUUUUAAUUUGUUUCUUUUAUAUUUAUUUCCCAACAGUACAUACUGAGAAAUGUACCUUUUUAAUAUUUGUUGGAAGAUGAUCCAUUUAUCCUCAGUGUUCUUUUCACUAAAGAGUUUAUGCCAGUCAAUAUAUUGUAAAGCUUCCCUUAACUUAUUGAAAUUGGCCUUUUUAAAAUUAUAUGUUUUAGUAUUCCCCAUGUGCUUUUUGUUUUUUUGAGUUCAUUUCAAAGGACACUAUAUUGUGAUCACUAUUUCCCAAGUGCUCACCUACUUGGAUGUUGGUCAAAAGAUCAACGUUGUUUGUUAAAACCAGGUCCAGACAAGCGUCCAUUCUAGUUGGUGCUUGUACAAGUUGUGACAUGAAGGUGUCAUUUAACAAGUUUAAAAACCUAAUUCCCUUUGCUGAGGCACUAGUCCCUCUGUCCCAAUUUAUAUCUGGGUAAUUACAAUCUCCAAUAAUUAAAGUGUUACCCAGAUUUGCAGCUUUCUCAAUUUGCUCAAACAGCUGUUGUUCCUCGUCAAUAUUAACUUUAGGUGGUUUAUAGCAUAUCCCAACCAAUAGUUGGUUUCCCUUCUUUUCCCCCAAGCAGAUAUUUACCCAUAAAGCUUCCACAUUAUCCUCCUCGCAUUCCAUUUGCUUAACAUUUGGCUUUAAAUCAUGGUUGACAUACAAACAUACCCCACCACCCUUCUUGUUUUUCCUAUCCUUCCUAAAUAACAUGUACCCAUUUAAGUUAGCUGCCCAGUCAUGUGUCUCAUCCCACCAUAUUUCAGUUAUGCCUAUUAUAUCAUAUUGUUUAGUGUAUAGGUGAGUUCCCUGUAUGGAUAGAGACUGGGUGUAUUGAUAUACAGUAUGGCAGUAUAAAUGAAUCCCCACUACAGAGAGGUGCACAGUAAUUCUGGAAGUAUAGAUCUAUAGGUGAGGCCCUAUAUGGAGUAAGAGAACUACUCUGGAUAUAAUACAGUGUGGCUGUGGGUGAAUCCCUGUGACGAGAGUAAUCUCGCCACGUUGCAUUGGAGAAGCCUGGUUGCUCGCCUGCUGCCUUUGGAUUAUGGCCCCAUGUUAAGACUUUGUUUCCCCUGCAGAAAAGACUUAUUCGUGAUUUUCUGCCCGGUGUUCGGUAGAUUCAAUCUACCGAACAACCACACGAAUGACUAGACCACCUGGGAGCUGGAGUGUGCCGGCAAUUAGCCUCCCAGAAGCUGCGGUUAACCGCAGCUUAAUUGACGAAUACUGGGUGGCCGCCAUUCGGAUAACGAACACGAGGUCGCGGCCAUUUUAAACACGCGAACGCACAGCGGUGUUCGACGCCUAACUCAUGGAACUAAAAACGGACACAGUUUGGCGCGAACACCGCUGAAGCCGCUGACCUCCCUUGUUCGACGGGAGUGCAGGAACGGCCCGGUGUUCGGUAGUUUUAACUGACUGUAUACCCCAGAUAGAAAUCCCAUGGAGCUCAUUCGUAUGAGAACUGACUUUGUAAAGACUUUGGCUCCAUGGCGAUUGAACUGUAUUCGUGUAUUCUGAGCGCCAUUCGCUUAAUAAUGUGCGCUCAGACCUGAGCUAUCUGGGGACAUGUUAAAUGUAUAGUUUUACAUAGUGUAUUUUAAUAGUAAUUCUUGUUUUAGUAUCCCCACUUGCGUAAUGGCGAUUUGCCUUUGUCCUGGGAGAUAAUUGAAUUACUUCUCAAUUAUCUCCAGGGCAGAGGGGAGUAAGCCAGGAUGCAUUGUGGGAAUACAAUGUGACUGUGUGUCCUAUUUGGCUACUUGUCUGUCCCUUGUCACAGUCUCCCAUUUGGUCCCCUAGGGGAGUGUCCACUAGGUGGGAGACCUGCAUAAAUACUGGGCAGGUAGCCCUCAUUAAACAGACCACUGCUUGACCCUCAACACGGAGCCUUGUCUCGUCUUUGGGGGGAUUUACUGAAUGCUGAUAGAGACUGAUUGCUAGGAGUGUAAGCCGCUUGGAUGCUAUUCCUAUUCAUCUGCUAGCAGCUAUUCGUAUGGUUUCAGUUCGUGAGUUUGGAGUGUUAUAUUGGAUGCCGUUCGGGAGUUUGGAGCAUUCCCUUAUUUGCGGUUCGGGAGUUUGGUGUUCUACAGUAGCUGUGACUGCAUCUCUGAAAGGGGACGAUCGCCUUAACGGUUUUAACCACUUGUGUGCAAAACGGUCUGUUACAGUCCCUAUAUGGAGUGAGAGAGAAACUCUGGAUAGACUAUAGCAGGGGUUCUCAGCCCAGUCCUCAUGGACCCCCAAACUGUCUAGGAUUUAGGGAUUACCCUGCUGUGUCUAAUGUGUUUUUAGGGGGGGCGGGGAGGUUAGAAGAAACAAACACUUUAGACACAACAGGGUAAUCCCUAAAUCCUGGACUGGUAGGGGGUCCUUGAGGACUGAGUUGAGAACCCCUGGACUAUAGUGUGGCUGUGGGUGAGACCCUAUAUGGAGUAAGAGAGAGAUACUCUGGGUAUACUAUAGUGUUACUGUGGGUGAGUCCCCAUAUGGUGUAAGAUAUACUAUGGUGGAUAUAAUAUAGUGUUACUGUGGGUGAGUCCCCAUAUGGAGUAAGAUAUACUAUAGUGGAUAUAAUAUAGUGUUACUGUGGGCGAGUCCCCAUAUGGUGUAAGAUAUACUAUGGUGGAUAUAAUAUAGUGUUACUGUGGGUGAGUCCCCAUAUGGAGUAAGAUAUACUAUGGUGGAUAUAAUAUAGUGUUACUGUGGGUGAGUCCCCAUAUGGUGUAAGAUAUACUAUAGUGGAUAUAAUAUAGUGUUACUGUGGGUGAGUCCCCAUAUGGUGUAAGAUAUACUAUUGUGGAUAUAACAUAGUGUUACUGUGGGUGAGUCCCCAUAUGGUGUAAUAUAUGCUAUGGCGGAUAUAAUAUAGUGUUACUGUGGGUGAGUGCCCAUAUGGAGUAAGAUAUACUAUAGUGGAUAUAAUAUUGUGUUACUGUGGGUGAGUCCCCAUAUGGUGUAAGAUAUACUAUAGUGGAUAUAAUAUAGUGUUACUGUGGGUGAGUCCCCAUAUGGAGUAAGAUAUACUAUAGUGAAUAUAAUAUAGUGUUACUGUGGGUGAGUCCCCAUAUGGUGUAAGAUAUACUAUGGUGGAUAUAAUAUAGUGUUACUGUGGGUGAGUCCCCAUAUGGUGUAAGAUAUACUAUAGUGAAUAUAAUAUAGUGUUACUGUGGGUGAGUCCCCAUAUGGUGUAAGAUAUACUAUAGUGUAAGAUAUAUAUAGUAUACUAUAGUGUUACUGUGGGUGAGUCCCCAUAUGGAGUAAGAUAUACUAUAGUGGAUAUAAUAUAGUGUUACUGUGGGUGAGUCCCCAUAUGGUGUAAGAUAUACUAUAGCGGAUAUAAUAUAGUGUUACUGUGGGUGAGUCCCCAUAUGGUGUAAGAUAUACUAUAGUGGAUAUAAUAUAGUGUUACUGUGGGUGAGUCCCCAUAUGGAGUAAGAUAUACUAUGGUGGAUAUAAUAUAGUGUUACUGUGGGCGAGUCCCCAUAUGGAGUAAGAUAUACUAUAGCGGAUAUAAUAUAGUGUUACUGUGGGUGAGUCCCCAUAUGGUGUAAGAUAUACUAUAGUGGAUAUAAUAUAGUGUUACUGUGGGUGAGUCCCCAUAUGGUGUGAGAUAUACUAUAGUGAAUAUAAUAUAGUGUUACUGUGGGUGAGUCCCCAUAUGGAGUAAGAUAUACUAUGGUGGAUAUAAUAUAGUGUUACUGUGGGUGAGUCCCCAUAUGGAGUAAGAUAUACUAUGGUGGAUAUAAUAUAGUGUUACUGUGGGUGAGUCCCCAUAUGGUGUAAGAUAUACUAUGGUGGAUAUAACAUAGUGUUACUGUGGGUGAGUCCCCAUAUGGAGUAAGAUAUAAUAUAGUGUUACUGUGGGUGAGUCCCCAUAUGGUGUAAGAUAUACUAUAGUGAAUAUAAUAUAGUGUUACUGUGGGUGAGUACCCAUAUGGUGUAAGAUAUACUAUAGUGGAUAUAAUAUAGUGUUACUGUGGGUGAGUCCCCAUAUGGUGUAAGAUAUACUAUAGUGAAUAUAAUAUAGUGUUACUGUGGGUGAGUCCCCAUAUGGAGUAAGAUAUACUAUAGUGGAUAUAACAUAGUGUUACUGUGGGUGAGUCCCCAUAUGGUGUAAUAUAUACUAUGGCGGAUAUAAUAUAGUGUUACUGUGAGUGAGUCCCCAUAUGGAGUAAGAUAUACUAUAGUGGAUAUAAUAUAGUGUUACUGUGGGUGAGUCGCCAUAUGGAGUAAGAUAUACUAUAGUGAAUAUAAUAUAGUGUUACUGUGUGUGAGUCCCCAUAUGGUGUAAGAUAUACUAUGGUGGAUAUAAUAUAGUGUUACUGUGGGUGAGUCCCCAUAUGGUGUAAGAUAUACUAUGGUGGAUAUAAUAUAGUGUUACUGUGUGUGAGUCCCCAUAUGGUGUAAGAUAUACUAUAGUGGAUAUAAUAUAGUGUUACUGUGGGUGAGUCCCCAUAUGGUGUAAGAUAUACUAUAGUGAAUAUAAUAUAGUGUUACUGUGGGUGAGUCCCCAUAUGGAGUAAGAUAUACUAUAGUGAAUAUAAUAUAGUGUUACUGUGGGUGAGUCCCCAUAUGGUGUAAGAUAUACUAUAGUGGAUAUAAUAUAGUGUUACUGUGGGUGAGUCCCCAUAUGGUGUAAGAUAUACUAUAGUGAAUAUAAUAUAGUGUUACUGUGGGUGAGUCCCCAUAUGGAGUAAGAUAUAAUAUAGUGUUACUGUGGGUGAGUCCCCAUAUGGUGUAAGAUAUACUAUAGUGAAUAUAAUAUAGUGUUACUGUGAGUGAGUCCCCAUAUGGAGUAAGAUAUACUAUGGUGGAUAUAAUAUAGUGUUACUGUGGGUGAGUCCCCAUAUGGAGUAAGAUAUAAUAUAGUGUUACUGUGGGUGAGUCCCCAUAUGGAGUAAGAUAUACUAUAGUGAAUAUAAUAUAGUGUUACUGUGGGCGAGUCCCCAUAUGGUGUAAGAUAUACUAUAGUGGAUAUAAUAUAGUGUUACUGUGGGUGAGUCCCCAUAUGGUGUGAGAUAUACUAUAGUGAAUAUAAUAUAGUGUUACUGUGGGUGAGUCCCCAUAUGGAGUAAGAUAUACUAUGGUGGAUAUAAUAUAGUGUUACUGUGGGUGAGUCCCCAUAUGGAGUAAGAUAUACUAUGGUGGAUAUAAUAUAGUGUUACUGUGGGUGAGUCCCCAUAUGGUAUAAGAUAUACUAUAGUGGAUAUAACAUAGUGUUACUGUGGGUGAGUCCCCAUAUGGAGUAAGAUAUACUAUGGUGAAUAUAAUAUAGUGUUACUGUGGGUGAGUCCCCAUAUGGUGUAAGAUAUACUAUAGUGGAUAUAAUAUAGUGUUACUGUGGGUGAGUCCCCAUAUGGUGUAAGAUAUACUAUAGUGGAUAUAAUAUAGUGUUACUGUGGGUGAGUCCCCAUAUGGUGUAAGAUAUACUAUAGUGAAUAUAAUAUAGUGUUACUGUGAGUGAGUCCCCAUAUGGAGUAAGAUAUACUAUGGUGGAUAUAAUAUAGUGUUACUGUGGGUGAGUCCCCAUAUGGAGUAAGAUAUAAUAUAGUGUUACUGUGGGUGAGUCCCCAUAUGGAGUAAGAUAUACUAUAGUGAAUAUAAUAUAGUGUUACUGUGGGCGAGUCCCCAUAUGGUGUAAGAUAUACUAUAGUGGAUAUAAUAUAGUGUUACUGUGGGUGAGUCCCCAUAUGGUGUAAGAUAUACUAUAGUGGAUAUAAUAUAGUGUUACUGUGGGCGAGUCCCCAUAUGGUGUAAGAUAUACUAUAGUGGAUAUAAUAUAGUGUUACUGUGGGUGAGUCCCCAUAUGGUGUAAGAUAUAAUACAGUGACAGAGAAUGGGUUGCUCUCUCACUCUGAGCUGUUUGUCAGCUUUUUAUAAAUAGCCUGUUUUCCUACUUGUCCUUGGUGUAGUGGGUGUCACGUGGCUGUUUUUGGCAGUGUGUCGAUCUCAGUUCUCCUGAACGGCUGCCCAGCCUGUGCUGUGACACGACACCUCCUGCUAAGUUUAAUGUGAAAAAUGUAUCCUUUUGCCUGAGCUGGAAAAAUGAGAAAUAUCGUUUACUGGAAUAAUGUCAUAGCAGCACUCAGAGGGUUAAUCCUGCCUGUAUUCUGAAUAUGUAGUCAUUCUGUCCCUGUAUAACCCCAAGCUGUGUUAAAGCAGAUUGUUGUUUAAAUGUUUGUUUAUAAUUCUUCAUUUUGUGCAUUUCUCCAAGGAUCCAGACAGAUCGUAUCAAUUUAUUGUGCUAUACUUCAAGGUACACGGAUAGUUAUAUGUAUUAGUGUCCAUUGAAACAAAUAUUGCAUUCAUAUGGAAAAAAAAUAUGCUGUAUUGAAGUCCAUUUGCUGUUACCUAAGGUUUCCCGAAGGAAUGGGAUUUGGGUGUAUUUAACCCCUUAAGGACUGAGCCAAAUGUACACGUUGUGAUGAAAACAAAACGUAAAUAAAAACUUGAAUUUGCGCUAUAUGUCUGUUCAGGCGUAAUUUGCCUCUUUCAUAUUAUGUGCACCCACACUUAAUAUAUAUUAUUUUAUUCAGGGGAAACAGGGCUUUCAUUUAACAUCAAAUAUUUAGGUAUGAAACAGAAUUUUAUAUGAAUAAAAUAUUAAAAAGUUGGAGAAAACAAGAAUUAAAAAAAAGUUUAGUUCUACGUGACAUUCUAACUAUGAAUGUCAUAAUACUGUUUGCUUUUACUGCAAUAAAAUACACAUUUGUAUUCAGCAAUGUCUCACGUGUAAAAAAAAAAAAAGUACCCCCUAUGUACAGGUUUUAUGGUGUGGGAAGUUAGAGGGUCAAAUAUAGCACGUUACAUAUUUCAGUUUUUUCACAUUGAAAUUUGCCAGAUUGGUUACGUUGCCUUUGAGACCGUAUGGUAGCCCAGGAAUGCGAAUUACCCCCAUGAUGGAAUACCAUUUGCAAAAGUAGACAACCCAAGGUAUUGCAAAUGGGGAAUGUCCAAUCAUUUUUGGUAGUCACUUGGUCACAAACACUGGCCCAAGUUAGUGUUCAUAUUUGUGUUUGAAAAAUGCAAAAAACAAAUUUGAACGCCAAUUUUGGCCAGCGCCCUCAGGGCACUAUAGUGUCAGGAAAACCGCUUUGUUUUCCUGACACUAUAGUGAUCCUUUAAUGUUUAUAGAGGGGAACCUGCACAAUGGUUACACCCUAAAUAUAUUAAAUCUGCACAAACCCCAGCAGUGUUAUUCUGGAGGUAUAAUUGUCUCCUUUUAAGUGGUUGCAUUUGAUCAAUCUAUUUUGCGGCUAUUCUCUGACUAUAUUUUAUACAUACAGUGAGUUGUAUAAAUGUUUAUAAUAUGAAUAAAGUCAGCGAGCCGGGCUCCUCUGUGGUUGUCGCGCUCAGAUUCUAUUGUAAAGCAAUGGUUGUGGAAUACCUGUUUUGCUUUGCUAUGUUUUUCCUGGAAGCUGUUUCUGUAUCUUUUGCCCUGAUGCCAUCAGGUUGAGGAACUGCGCUCUAGGUAAAACAAGACAAACUAUUCAAACAAAACAUGUUUAAGAUAUUGGGACAGUAGGUGGAGAGGGCCCUGCUAAAACAAGCUUACUGUGAAGAAAUCCCCCUUUUGUUGUACUAUUUAUGCCCAUUGCAUUCCCUUUUGUAACACUAUUUCUGCCCAUUGCGUUCGGUAGAUGUAACUACCAAACAAAGACCACCCCUCUGGCUCAUUAAACAUCAAAGACUGAUUCAAUUGCUACCUCUGUCUGUGCGGCCAGCGUUCGUACAGCCGAACGCCACGUGGCAGAGAAAACCGUGGACAUCUUUGUUCAUCCGAACACCGGUCUCAAACAGACGAACGCUGGAACUCUACUUACCGAAUAGCUAGAAGAGCGCUAUUCGGUACUUUGGUGCAUUCGACAGAGGGGCACAAACGCUGCUUGGAGCCAUUCAGUACUUUGUUCGCUUUUCUGCUAUUUCUAAAGUGACCGGCAAAACACACCAAAUUCAUGGAACUGUUUUGGUCAUACAGCCCAGGGUGAGCCGGUCACAGAAGACAUCCAUAGAUUUUGCGAACCCCUGAACCGAUCUGGGUGAAAUUCUAAUAUGUUGGUCACCCAGAUCAGGGCUAUCAGGGGACAUGUUAUUUGUGGGGAUACCCCAAGUAUAAAGGGGUGAUCCAGUUAUAGGGGAAAAAAGUGAUUUUUCAGCCCGGAGAUAAUUAAGUUAUUCUUUUAUCAGACUUAAUUAUCUCCAGGGCUAGGGGAGGAAACUGUGGGUGUGUGUUAAAGUUUUACGGUAUAUGAUUGGUGAAUAUUUGUCCCUCCCUGAGGGUUGUCCCCUUGCAUGGGGACUUGCAUAAAAGCUGUUUGCACCCAUUAAAAGUUAGUUCAUCUUGUACCCUUCUUCUUGACUUCGGCUGAUGUUUGGGGAUUCCUGUGUUUCACUAAGGGAAUCAUCUUGUGAAGCUAUUGGGAUUACUAUAUGGUUCGUCUAUUCUAUCUACCGAACGGAGGGCUAUAAUCACUAAGGCUCUGGCGGUUCAGGAGGAAACUACCGAAUGAGGUUUAAAUAUACUUGGUUUCCUUACAAUCUAGACUGAUGAGGAACAGAUACACAGAUCGAAUCAGAUGAUUUAUAUAUACCUAAAGAAUGGGAGGGGAGUUUGGGAAGAGGCAGUAGCAGUGGAAAGUUUGAAGGAAUGAGGAGUUAAGGUAAAGCUUCUAUAAAGGUGGGCGAGUUGUAUGUAAGGUGGAGUAACCUUGAAGAAGGCCUGCAGGUCAGAGUCUAGGGGUGCAGGAGUGAGAAAGGGGCAGUGAUAGGUCGUCUGUAGUGCAAAGAGCCCGGGUUGGAGCUACUGAUUAUUAAGUUAGAGACCGAGUAGAGCGAAUGUGUCAGGUUGCUAUUAUUUAAUGGGGGGUAACCCCUAGAUAGAACAUAAAUGAAAAAAGAGAGCAAAAAAGCUAGGAAGGGAACAGAUAGGUCUAAAGUGUUCCACUUAAAGCUUUUGAAUAUUAGAGCAACCCCAUAUAAAUUGUAAAGGCUAAUAAAAUAUAACUUUUAAUUGGCUUAAGUAAAAAUGUAUAUAUCCCUACAUAUCAUUAAACAAUACAAGUAAACAGGGGACGACGACAAAAGAAGAUAUAUGCUAAAAAGUGCUACCCUUUUCUAGUAAUAGCACCUGUGGCACAGGGAUUUUGAAUAAAUAGAUAUGAAAAUAGUAGUUUCAAUCUUCCAAGAAACUCAAUAGUGGUAACGUAUCCCCCCAACUCCCAUUAACCAGUGCCAACGUGAUAGCAUAAUCUCCUUCUCCCCCUCACGAACGAUGUAGCUAGAACUACCUAUUCGCUACAAAAAUCUUCUCUAAAAUAAUUUAGCAGGGUGGCUAAUCAGGAAAGGAAGUUAAGGCUGCAGCUAGAGCCACUGUUACCCCUGCCUCCCUCUGCUACUGAAGUCCCGACACGCGUUUUGCCGAAUAUCGGCUCUUCCAAGGGAUGUCUGCUACUGAUGAGCAGGGGCACAGCUCUGGAGAGCGUUAUAAGCAAGCACAAGACCCUGGAACCAAAUCCUGAAUGAAACUGGAAGCCAUUACAGAGACUGUGAGUCUCCGCAUGAGUCUGGCAGUGUCAAUGAUUAUGGAGUGUAGGGGCAAUCUGGGCACUUUUCAGGCUAAUAAACACUUAAAUGGAACAAAAAACCUGGGAGUCUUUUAGUAGGAAAGAAACCUCACAAGACACAAAUCUAACUUUCAAUCGUUUUAGCUCUAUCUUUUGCAGUGUAGUUUUUAUUCAUUUAAUUUUACAAAAUAGGAUACAGAGCCUCAGUCUCUUAUUUUGUAAAAUAAAUAAUAACACAUCAGUUGCAGGAUCUUAAACGCAAAUCUGAGCAUGCUAACAGCACUUAUAGGAUAUAUGAGUGUGUGUGUUACACGUCACCUGCUAGAAUAUUACACUAACUGUUUUGCUGCUGUCUUGACGUGGGAGUGAAACACUGUUGAAAAAGGAUGAGCGAUACAUUCAUCAGAACAAUAGACACACUUGGUGUAGGAAUAAUAUUUCAUAAAUAUUUCAAAGCCCACUAGAUGCGAUUGGCUGUAGACAAACACACGAUUUAUCAGAGUAGAGAAUCGUUCUGAAAGUGAGCAGCAGUCGCCACAGAAACCAAUGGAACCACAAUUUACAUUCCGAUUGAGAUUACUCCACGUGUACAGCUUUUACACCGCUUUUCAGAUCGAGACACUGAUCUAUGCCUGCCACAGCCGUGUGCGGCUAUAUGAGCUGCUACGGGAAAUGAUCUACAGUGAGAAUUCAAAGUGAAUACUGAAAAAUGAUCUGUUGGCUAUGCUUUCAGUUUGGCUACUCUGGCCUAAGUUUUAAAUUCACCUUGAAUUCACACUUUAGACUAUUGACCCCUCAGCAGAUAUCGGUAGAUGACCAUAGAUAUUUUUUUUUUUUUUUUUUUUUUUCUUACAUUUUUAAUUCUGACAGCAAAUCUCUGAUUAAUUGCAACAAAGAAAAGUGGGGAAAACACCCAGUAUACGUAUAUAAAGAAAUCUAAACAACCUGGAAAUGUGAACCAGGAUGGGUGGAACGAUUGCAGAUCUAUAAUAAUAACAAACAAAACAUAGCGUAAUACAGUCAUAAAAAAAAAAAAACCCAACUAGAUAUGUGGUGUUAGUAGAAAACUCACAAACAUGUGAUGAAUCAGGCUUCUCACCCCACCAGGGGUUAAAACGAAUCAGGAGGAUGGUGAAUCUCAGAUGAUGAAAAUCCUAACAUUUGUAAAAGAUCGCACAUAGUGAAGUAAAAUUAAAACCAAAAGGUCGCCCAAAUGUGCUCAGGUACAAACAACAGGUGUCAAUUGCCAAAUGCUUUCCCUACAACCUGCCGUGUCGAUGGGUCAAUAGAGGGAUCUGGGCCCCCCCCAAAAGUUCUUUGUGUGGAUGUCCCCGGGUGAGGUAAAGGAAUCAGCCGAUGCCCCUUCGCGGGGCCGAAUCUCCAGGCGCCACAUGUGGGAGCCUUUUCCAGGUGCUCCUGCUCGGUAUCCCUCGGGUAAUAGUGUUAAAGGACCAGAUGCCGUGGGGACGUGGUCUCAAUGGUGUGUCUGGCGGUUGCCGGGAUGCAGCCCCUAAGCCUUUGUAUGCUAUGAAGGUGGGCUUCCGGUAGCUACGAGGGACUCUGUGUGGCACAAGGGUCUGGGCUAUUCGCCUCUUGGGAUGACAGUUUGAGUCCUCUUUUGGGAGGGGGUCUCUGUGGGGGGUCUCUGUGUGAGCCGACUUACACCCUGGACCUGACUGUCCGGUUCGUGGUCUCCUUCGGCGCCUGGGUGUGAAGCCGUUCCGCCACUGUGGGUCGGCCUGGACCGUUGGGUUGCCGGGGGUGAGUGAUGUUGCGAGGUUGCUCUCUGCUGUCCUCCUCGAUUUUUCGCCAGAAUUCCUCCAAUAUCUUGUCUAGCUUUAACAGUGUUGAUUCUGUUGUGCCUUGUGGUAUGGCGAGAGGUCUGGCAUCCGCCAUCUUGGGUUGCUUGGGGUUGUUAGAUUUAGGUUGUAGCUACACCGGGUCUGGUUUGGCUCGUCUAGUAGGGACCGGGAUUACCCCCACCGGUCUAAAGGGGAGGGGGAGGUCUGCGGUAGUGCCUAUCGGUCUCCAGGAGAGCGGGGAAGUCGGCUGUGACGGUAGUCACCAUCACUGGGGAUGGAAGACAGACACCAAGGGUGGGCUCCCAAUUUCCUUUUGUGUUUUGUCACAUUGUGCCUAUUAUUUGUGCAGGGUAUGUUGAAUGUAUUGCUGGUCUGUGCAUCUCACCCUCCCCCUUUUUUCCUGUCCUAUUGUUUCCCCAGCAGGGCGUUGUUCCAGGGACACUGCCAGAUCAGUUUAAUCUAGCUGUCCUGUCCCUCCUCAAUCUCCCAUCAGCCCCUGCUAUUGUCUGACUCCACCCUUCCUGUUACUAUAGUAAUCUAUGUAACCUGUUGUAUGUAAAUUAGGCUGUUGGGGGCUUAAACUAUGUGUGCUGUAUUCAUUAAAGAGUUGCUGUUUAACCUUCACCAUGUGUCGUCUGGUGUUUGGUCCAGGGUGGAAAAGUGAUCCCAGUCAAGCCUCGGGGUCUGAAGUGUUUCAGGGUCCCUGAUAGCUACAAGGAAGCAGACUUGGCGGAGGUACUCGGUCGGAGUACUGGAGCUCCGUUACAACGGCCACCCUUCCCACCGCCCGGUGGCUUGUAGGCCUCAAUUUGCCUCCGCGGGUCCCAUGCGUCUUGGUUGCUUGAUUUGUGUAUCUAUGUGGUCUGCAGCUUGUCCACGAGUCGGUGGACAAGUGUGAGUGCUCGGGUUUUGGCUGGAAACAGGGGUAUUAUCCCGAAAAUUGUCGGUUAGUGCACCUUACUUGAAGUUUAGGUCCAAGCAAAUCUUUAGACCUUGGGUUUCCAUAUUCUACCAAAAUAAGAAGCGUAAAUCCCAGAGGGUAUUAACACUGCAAACAUCCUACAAUGGAACAGUACAUUUCAGCACUGCCAGAGCAAACUGGACAUGCUGCUACCUUGCUGACCUUGUGAUUCUCAGAGGGUGGAAUUUAGCAGCAGCGUGGCAGAUCUUGGGAUACCAACGUCAGCAGCAGAGUAGUUAAUAUAAAACCAAAAUUAAACAAAGUAAAAUGUUGAAAAAUGAAAAUCCAUAAAAGUCCAUAUGUGGAAUGUAUCAAACGCGUUUUGUCUAGCAGGAGACUUCCUCAGGGAUCUCUGGUAAUUCAUCUUAAUAGGAGCUUCUUAUAGUGCUGAAAUCCUUGUGGAUCCGUUUCACCUGAUGGUUGUCGUGUGUUCCACUGCGGAACACAAAGAGGAACAUCCUAUGCGACCAGGGAAAGGGCAAAUGGCGUGGUCGUUCGUAUGAAUGCGGCAUAUGGAUGAAUACAGGGGAAGCUAAUACAGCGCGUGCGCAUGCUACUAGGAAAAAAUCAGAAAGAAUAGGCGAACAGUCUCCUUAAACACGAAUAAUACUGGGUGCCUCCGUCAAACGAUGCUCCUAGUGCUCACCAAGGACAAUCAGCACCUCACUUGAUACCAUAACCACUGCAAACCCCACGAACCGCCGCAGCUUGGUUGGGGUUUAGCCGUCCUCCACCCACCCUGUACCCAAGACCAGGCUCCAGCUUCCAGUGGGUGAACCUCUCCUUGGUCCAGAGAGCGAAACAGGAACAGCUCUUACAAGAGCUAGUGAUUAUACUCUGGGGAGUAUAGUGAUUGUAGCAGUCCCCAGAGUGUAGGUAGUUCUCCAAUCCCCCAAACAUGAGCCAAGACUUCAUGAAGGGUAGAACAGGUCUGUGUAAUGCAAGCCAGCACUCACAAUUUAUAUUCCUCAGGAUACAACAUAUCCCCCACAUAGCCCCUGUAACGGAUCGCCUGGCACCCCGACUGGGUACCUCCGUUGAAGGAUGCUCCUAGAGCUUCCUGAGGACUCCAAGCACUCUGGCAGACACCACAAUCACCGAACCGGAGAAACAAAUAAAUUCUCCCAAGCAUGUGAAUGCUGUAGACAGUUGAAUAGGAAACCAUACGAAUAGGUUUACUCUCCUAGCAGUCAAACUGGAACAGCAUACAAUAAAUCCUUCCCCCAAUAAUGAGACGACACUUCACUUCGAGGGUUAAAACAGGAACUGACUGGACUGGCACAUACAGCUUCUUUUAUUCCCAAUCCACAAACUUAGUACUGCCCACAGGGUUUUACAGAACAACCAAUCAAUCUGUGCAAUACACACAGACACUCCCACACAAAAUCUUCCCCUCUGCCUGUAAUACAAUUACCUUACAAUGGGUAAUCUAAUUAUCACAGACAGAGAAAUACAGUUUCAUAAAACACAUCACAGGGACCCCAAAACAUGCAAUAACCCCAUAAAAAGUACUUUGGAAGAUACAGUUUAAUGCAGAUUCUGCAGAACAUAUACAGGCUAAAUGAAAAACAAUCACUGUAUAAUGUGUCCCCUGCUGUAUAGUCCAAAACCACUGCACGAUGUCUCUGUGCACCAAAUACUGGCGAGAUGGCACCGUGUUGAAGAGUCCAAACAGUGUCUGUGAGUUAAAAUGGCCGCCAUCCAUUGUUCUCACCAUGUGCUUCAUCCAUUGUUCUCACCAUGUGCCUCUGAUAGAGGAAAUGGUGGCCACCCAGUAACUCCACAGUAUGUCCCCAGAUGGUUCUUAUAGGGCCAGCAGCAGCACAACACAAAUCUAUUCUGCCCAAAUCAUGUCUUUAAAGGGCAAUACAUCCCAGGGGCCAUAGUCACAUGGCAAUCAGUCUUCUCCAAUGCCCAGUGGCGAGGUCGGUUUUGCCACAGCCCCGAUCUGGGUGAAAAACAUAUCCACAAAUCACCCAGAUUGGUUGAGGGGUUUAGGAAUUUCCUGGAAGUCUUAUUUUUGCCCCACCGGGCAUAUGGUCCCAUGCCCAAAACAGUUCCACACACUCGACGACAAAACACUGCUGGACAAUUUAAGAUGGCCGCUGCCACAUGUUUGAAUCUGUUCCAGUUAAAAGUCCAAGGGGCCGAAACAGUACUUUUGAACAUGAGGUAUCACAGGGCAAGAGGCUGGCAAGCAGGCAUCUCCAAAUCCCAGUGACGAAGGUGCUUUUGUCACAAAUAUAAUCAAAUAAUAUCGAAAGGGAAAUGACAGACCUCACUGGUAUACUGUGCUGGAUGAAAAAAAUUCAAGGGAAUGGUAAUAAAAUAGAACAAAUAAAAAUUAAAAAAGGGGACCAAAACAGAAAUAAUUUAGAUACAAAAUAGUAUAUCUAUAAAGAUAUAAGUUUGUGUGUGUGUGUGUUUUUAUGUGUGUGUGUGUGUGUGUGUGUGUAUGUGUAUAUGUAUUUAAAAAAAGUAUAUAUAUAAAAAAAUAUAUAAUUAAUAAAAAGCCUUGAAUUAGCAACACAGUAUGGAUUAACAGAUGGAUGCAUCAUAUACAAAACAUGUAUAAAAAAACCUAAAAGGAAAAAGAACAUAUUAUGAAACCUUGAAGGUCUAUUUCUGCAUUAAGACCUUAUUGCAGAGUUUUUAGAUUGUAAAUCCAAAAGGCUUCUUGGUGAAUAAGUUCCUGUAGUUUUACGAAUACUAUUUUGUUGUCUUUAGUGUGUAUAUUUCUACCUUCUCAAUCUCCGAUUUAAUGUCUGCUUCAAAAAAUUAUAAAUUUUGUCUCUGUAUAAUCUUCAUUUGGCAGAAAUUAUGUUUCUAAUGAUUGGGAUUGUUGUACAGUGAACAAGUUGCUAAUUGUAUGUGUGUUUUUUUUUUUUUUUGUUUUUUUAGAUCUUGCCAUUCCUUAAAGAUGGUUUGUGCUGCCAGAAUCAAGACAUUCAGACUAUAAUCCCAUUUGUUGCUCAUUUAUAAGGAUCUAUAACUCAAAACCCAUCAACAUGCAUACUUUCCUGCCAGAGAACUUUACUCCCAUCAAGCAGAAGGCAUCGAGGCAGCAGCGAUCGUUGAUUUGUGCGAUUAUUGUGGGCAUCGUCCUUGUAAUUUGCGCAGUGGUUGCUUGGUGCUAUUACUCAGUCUCUCUUAGGAAGGCAGAUCGCUUGAAAACAGAGCAAUUAUACCUGAAGAAAGAUGGAUUUACAAUCCGUAACCUUCAGGGAAAACAAGUUUUCCGAAUGGCUUUUGAAUCGGGUGCCCUGGAUUUAGAUUCUUGUUCCAAGAAUGGUGAGAUUUUGUCAUGUACCAAAUCAGACAAAGGGAAGCUGAAUUUCUUCGUCCAGACUGUUAAUCCCAAAGACACAGUCAUGUGCUACAGAGUCCGAUGGGAAGAGUUUGUAGCGGACACAGUGGUGCAGCACACCAUGUAUUGGGAUGAUGCCUAUUGGUAUGGAGGCGCAGAAAUGAGUACCCAGCACUGGCCUAUUAAGCUCUCUGGAUACCAAGAACCCAAACCUUUUGUCACCAGUGAUGUAUAUUCAUCAAGAGACAGCUUUGGUGGGAUUCUAGAAAGAUAUUGGCUGUCCUCUAAUGCAACAGCAAUUAAAAUCAAUGAUUCCGUGCCUUUCCACUUAGGGUGGAAUAGCACAGAGAAGUCCCUUUUCUUUGAAGCCAGAUACAAGGAUUCCUCGUAUAAGCCUCCACUUGGACAACCGCCAUUUCCAGAGUUGAGCUACAGGGUAUGUGUGGGUUCAGAUGUGACUUCAAUCCAUAAAUAUAUGGUCAGGCGCUACUUCUACAAGCCCACCAAGGUACCAGAAAAAAAUGCCUUCAGAUAUCCAAUUUGGUCAACUUGGGCUCUUUAUAAAACUGAUAUUGACCAGGACAAGUUAAUGAGGUUUGCAGAGAAGAUAAAAAAACACCACUUUAACUACAGUCAUAUUGAGAUAGAUGAUAUGUACUCCAAGUACUAUGGUGAUUUUGAUCUCGAUCCAGUAAAGUUCCCUAAUGCUACAGAAAUGUUCAAAAAGUUAAAGGAAGAAGGCUUUGAGUUAACUCUCUGGAUCCAUCCAUUUGUCAAUUAUAACUCAUCUAAUUUUGGAGUAGGCAUAGAGAGGGGGCUGUUUGUUAAAGAACCCAGUGGACGACUUCCAGCCAUGGUCCAGUGGUGGAAUGGCAUAGGAGCCAUACUUGAUUUUACAAACCCCCAAGCUAGAGAGUGGUUCCUUAACAAUCUAAAAAUGCUCAAAGCAAAGUAUGGAAUUUCAUCUUUUAAAUUUGACGCCGGAGAAACAAAUUAUCUUCCCAAACAGUUCAGCACCUUUCAACCAUUGUCAGAUCCAAGCAUUUUCAGUAGGAAGUACACUGAAAUGGCUAUUCCCUUUUUUGACCGUGCCGAGGUGAGAGUUGGCUAUCAGUCCCAGAAUAUCUCCUGCUUCUUCAGGAUUAUCGACCGUGACUCCGUAUGGGGAUAUGAGCUUGGGUUGAAAUCACUGAUCCCUACUGUUCUUACCAUAAGUAUGCUUGGGUAUCCCUUUAUCUUGCCAGAUAUGAUUGGAGGGAAUGCCUACAGCAAUCAUUCCAGCAACCUUCAGAUUCCUGAUCGGGAACUCUACAUCCGGUGGCUGGAACUAUCUGCUUUUAUGCCCUCUAUGCAGUUUUCUGUACCACCCUGGCUUUAUGAUAAUGAUGUGAUUGAAAUUGCUCACAAGUUUACCCAAAUCCACGAGUCUUUGGUUGCCCCUCUGUUAUUGGAGCUUGCAGGGGAAGUUACUACGACCGGAGAUCCUAUCAUUCGGCCAAUCUGGUGGAUCUCUCCUAAUGACGAAGCAGCCCAUAAAAUUGAUUCCCAGUUCUUGAUAGGAGAUACGUUCAUGGUCGCCCCAGUCCUGGAGCCGGGCAAGCAGGAAAGGGAUGUUUACCUUCCUGCAGGCCGAUGGCGUAGUUACAAAGGAGAAGUCUUUGAUAAAACUCCACAACUUCUUACAGAUUACCCUGUGGACUUGGACGAGGUUGCCUAUUUCACUUGGUUAGCUUAGCUGAAGAAGGAAUUCUACUGUAAAAGAAAAAUGUGAGGUAUCACUACUUUUUAAUGGUCUUUUUUGUAGAAAAAGACUUAUGCUGGCCUUGCAGAAUGUAUAAACACCUUCAGUAUCCAAGGGAAUUAAUAAUCUAUGUAGCUUUCACAAAUUUCUUAAAAUUCUCAAUGUCCAAGGAAGAAAUUUUCAAAAGGGAAUUGCUAAAUUUUGUGCCAAAUUAGAAAAAAAAAAACCUCCAACCCAAUUUUUUUUUUUUUUUUUAAUUCUUGAAUAGUUCAUAGGGAAGUUUUUUACUUAAUUUAAAAUGAUUUCAAGUGGUUUCCUCCUCUGAUCUCCGUAGGAUAAUUUAGGGUUUUCACUGAGAUUCUAUGUUAACUUUUCCAGUACUUGGUGAAUAAUCCGUUAAGUGAUAGCAGUCUCUCUCAUUGAGAUUGUGGAAUGAAGACCAAGCAACAAUCUACUGGUCUGUUACAAAUUAGAGGACUCUAUAGCCUCCACUACAGCUUAAUGGAAGAGCUGGGGUGGCGGGACUGGCGCAACGUGCGAGACAGGGCUGGAGACCUAAACUGCCACACCAGCAGUAUCGUGUCAGGAAUAGAUGUUUCUAUUCCUGACACUAUAGUGUUCCUUUAACAUCUAGAAAGGCAUAGCAAAUGCUCCUGUGAAAUGCCACCUCAUUUAAAUUCUGAUUCAUCUCACAAACCAUUUGUCAUGAAACUUUUUCUUUUGAUUUGGUGCAUUUGUUUAUCUCUUAAACUGAAUACUGAAUGGGGACUUACCCCAUUUAAUGAGUAAAUUACCGGUAAAUAAAUCAAAUCUGUGACAGGACUGUGGUCCUCGAUGGCUGAGUCUAACGUAUGUUCACAAUAAGCAAAAUCGGAUUUAUCACGGAUUACUAGAGCUUCUAAUAUAGGGCUAGAUUAUAUUAUAAGAGGUUAGCCGGUCUGGUGUCUGAAUAGCAGUGUUCCCACAGAUGUCAAUGGAAGAACUGCUAUUCGGCUAGUCGAUUAAUGUUUAUAUUUUGCUAUAGAACCCGUAUGGAGAAAGAGCUGAUAUUCGGCUAGUUGAGUCAUGUCUGCAUUUUGCCGUAGAACCCGUAUGGAGAAAGAGCUGCUAUUCGGCUAGUCGAGUCAUGUCUGUAUUUUGCCAUAGAACCUGUAUGGAGAAAGAGCUGAUAUUCGGCUAGUUGAGUCAUGUCUGCAUUUUGCCGUAGAACCCGUAUGGCGAAAGAGCUGCUAUUCGGCUAGUCGAGUCAUGUCUGUAUUUUGCCGUAGAACCCGUAUGGAGAAAGAGCUGAUAUUCGGCUAGUUGAGUCAUGUCUGUAUUUUGCCAUAGAACCCGUAUGGAGAAAGAGCUGAUAUUCUCUUAAACACUGCGUUGGUUAUAUUGUACGAGCUCGUAUUAACCUUCCAUCCAACAAUGACAUGCUUUAAAGGGACAUUUCAAUUUGCCUUUGCCAUAUGUAUAUUUUUAUAUAGCUCCAGAAUUACUUUUUAUAUAUAUAUAUAUAUAUAUUUUUUUUUUUCUUUCUUUUGAUUGUGACAAUGUUCUUUCUUUUAGCCAUUACAGCAGAAUUUGUAGGGAAGCGAUGGAACCUGGUGUAAAAUCGUAUUUUAUUUUUUUUUGCCUUUCUUUCUAUUUCAGAUGUACAGUUAUUGUUCAUUCUGUCUAACACCAACGAAUGCCUCACUGUGUCUCUGAUCUCCAUGUCUGAUAUUCUCCUCAUAUUGAAUGCAGAAUUGCUUUUUCUAUGCGUUUUGAUACUUUGUUGCCAACAUACAGACAAAUAAGAGAGCAAUGAGGGGAUAUGGAAAUACAGGCAAUAGCAGAGUGUAUAGUUUAAUUAUAUAUGCUGAUAUAUAAUAAAACUAUAAUUUUUUAUUAACUAUAUAUAUUUUCUGUUCCCAGCAGCAAUGCUUUUUUCAUUUUUAUUAAUUGUUAACAAACCUUGGAAGAGCUAUACCUGUACUACCUGUAAGAUGGUAUUGUGGUUGCAUCACAUACACAUUCUAUUUCAGAAUGAUAUGUGUGUAGGUGGGUUAUGGGACUGAAACUGGAUCGCCAGCAAAUCGUGCUAUUUGCAAAGUGCCGCCAUAUUCCAUAGAGCUGGGUAAACAAAAUAUACAAUGGGAUUAUUACAAACACUUUUGGCCGUUCUGGUGAUAGCGGUUUCGUGGUCGCAGCGGACAUGGAUGGCGUCACACCGUGAGGUCACCUGGCCUGAUUACGACCAGUUUGCUGAAUGUGUAUAGUUGUUAGAACCAUGUAGUUCCCACAAAUGUUUUCUGACACUAUAUUGCUGGCUAAAUAAAUAGAUUAUCAAUUAUGCAAUUAAUCGAACUGCUAGGAUUUGCUUUGAAAUGUCUUUCUGUCUAUAUCUCGGAAUAAAAAAAAGUUGUGUAUAGCUUGCACUGAAUAUACACAUAUAUCGCUGCACCAGCCAAGCCUUAGUUUGUCUGCUUACGUUUAUUGGUUUUAUAUCAAGUCUUAUUUGUGUAUUGUUUUUGUCUUUAAUGGUAUAUUGUGUGAUGUAAUACACUGCACUAGCAUUAACCAGGAAUAUUGUGUAAUGUGAUGCACUGCACUAGCAUUAACCAGGAAUAUUGUGUAAUGUGAUACACUGCACUAACAUUAACCAGGAAUAUUGUGUAAUGUGAUACUCUGCACCAGCAUUAACCAAAAGGAUAUGUUACUGCAGGAGGAGGGGAGGGGUACGCCAGGUCCAGACAGGAGUCAUUUACAUUGGUUGGAUUAUGGAUUGCCAUAGCUAGUGUCCUGUUACUAGCAGUACAUGCUAUCUCUUAGAAAUUGCACAAUUUUUACAAAGCAGGUUUGCUUAAAAGAACACUCCAAGCACCAUGACUACUAAAGCAUGAUGUAGUGGUUAUGGUGCCAAUAAUGCGCUUUAGAUCUCCUCAUAGGAAAGCAUUAUUCAAUGCUUUCCUAUGGAGAAAAUCUGACGCUGGAGGUCCGUGAGGACGUUCUGCGUCAGAUAACGGACUAAAAGUCAGUUUGGAUUCCGGAAACUCUCUAGUGGCUGUUUGGUAGACACCCACAGAGGGCAGACUUAGAACUGCAAUGUUUUACAUUACAGCACUAGGUGCAAAAGGGACACAGCACCCAGACCACUUAAAUUAGCUUAAGUGGUCUGGGUGCCUACAGCUGAUUGUUCUCAGCCAAUAAGCUUAGCCCUGCACUGCCCGGGUUCGAUCACACAGAGAACUUCCAGCUGGAGAGAAAGCAGGGAGCGGUGCACAAUGGACCCCCAGAUAAGAAGUCAUAUCUUUCCAGUGGUUAUGGUGCUUGGAGUGUUUCUUAAAAGUUACCAAUUCUAUUAGGCUCUGAUCAGUUAUUUAGCUCUGCCUGUCUAGGUAUGUUACACAGUUAGUUACAUAGCAGAAAAAAGACUUGCGUCCAUCAAGUUCAGCCUUCCUCACAAAUGUUUUUGUUGUUGAUCCAAAAGAAGGCAAAAAACCUGGUCUGAAGCGCUUCCAAUUUUGCCAGAAACUAGGAAAAAAUUCCUUCUUGACCCCAAAAUAGCAGUCAGAUAUCUCCUUGGAUCAAGCAGCUAUUACCCCACUAAUUAGAAAUUAUAUCCCUGUAUGUUAUGUUAUUGCACGUAUUUAUCCAAUUGCAGUUUAAACAUCUGUAUGGACUCUGAUAAAACCACCUCUUCAGGCAGAGAAUUCCAUAUCUUUAUAGUUCUAUAUUUGUAUAAUGUUAUCAUAUCCCCUCUGAGGUGCCGUUUUUCCAAACUUUAAAUUCUUUAACCCUUCUUCAUAACUAAAAUGCUCCAUUCCUUUUAUCAAUUUUGUAGCCCGUCUCUGUACGUUUUCUAGUGCCACGAUAUCCUUCUUUAGAACAGGUGCCCAAAAUUGCACAGCAUUUUCAAGUUUUUAUAAAGAGGCAAAAUUAUAUUUUCAUCCUGAGAAUUUAUGUUCAAAUAUCUUUCCUCUUAUUCAGUGACAUCAUCUGGUUUCACUUUUUGGUGACCUGAUACAGCUGUAAGCAGACCAUGAAAUCCUUUAACUCUUAUCAUACACAGCCACACAAAGCAAGCAGGAAUCUGUUUCAUGCUAUAAUCAGUUUAUAUAACAUGGGCUAUCGCCUUUUAUUAUGUGCACCUUUGUGUUUACUCCAGGACAGAGAGGGGAAUUUCGUGUUUUAUCUUCUGCUUCCAGACUGAAAUCACCUGAAAUGUUGGAAAUUCUGUAUUAUUUACAGGAGAAAUAUAAAUAAUAUAGUUUAACCCCUUAAGGACCAAACUUCUGCAAUAAAAAGGAAUCAUGACAUGUCAGGUGUCCUUAGGGGGUUAAAGGACCACUAUAGUGCCCUGAGGGUGCCCCCACCCUCAGGGUCCCCCUCCGGCCCGGCUCUGGAAGGGGGAAAGGGGUAAAACUUACCUCUUUCUCCAGCACCGGGCGGGGAGCUCUUCUCCUCCUCUUCGGCUGAAUGCGCAUACGCGGCAGGAGCCGCGCGUGCAUUCAGCCAGUCCAUAGGAAAGCAUUCACAAUGCUUUCCUAUGGACGCUGGCGUCUUCACUGUGAUUUUUCACAGUGAGAAACGUGGAAACCCUCUAGCGGCUGUCAAUGAGACAGCUACUAGAGGCUGGAUUAACCCUAACAUAAACAUAGCAGUUUCUCUGAAACUGCUAUGUUUAUGGAAAAAUGGGUUAACCCUAGAUGGACCUGGCACUCAGACCACUUCAUUAAGCUGAAGUGGUCUGGGUGCCUAUAGUGGUCCUUUAAAAGAGGUGUGUGUAUUAUUUUUUUUUAAUAUAGGUAAAAAUGUGAUUUUAGGUUUCCUUUUUAAAAUAAUUAUAUUUUUUUAUCCUGAUUUAUUUUUUUAUUUUUGUGAUAAGCUUUUUGAAAACAUGAGAAAUAUUUUGCACAUCAAUGAAAUGUAAGCUUUGCUAACGCCUGGUAAUGUGCUGCGCCAUGGUCUGUGUGUGUGUGUGUGUGUUUUUUUUUUUUUUUUUGCCUUUCUGGAUGGUACUAUUAGAAUGGAACGGUCUAAUUGUUUGGUAUGAUAGCUGCUCUGCUUGGUGUUGGGGAUCUGUCAUACUUAGUGAGUGCAUGCAGACCGCUUGUCUAAGCAGGGAGGAUGUGUGUGGGGGGGAGCGUUGUAAUGAAUUCAGAGAGGCAUGGAUUUGUCAUAAGCCGGGCUCAUGCGUACAUCUUACUGCCCUGUGUGUGACCUGCCGGGAUGGGCGCUACAAUCCAUGGAUAAAAUUUGGUGAGCCUGGGGAGUGUAUGUUAAACUGAUCUCUUCUGUAUUAAUUAUAACAUGUUCUAUAAUUCUUAAAGGAUCACUAUAGGGUCAGGAAUACAAACCUGUCUUCCUGACCCUAUAGUGAAAACCCACCAUUUAGGGGGCUUGCCCCCUCCACCCCCCUUAACCCCCGCAGAAUGGGUUAAAACUAACCUUAUAUUCAGCUCUCAGCAGGUCUGCCGGUGCUGGCUCCGCCCCCUUGGUGACAUCAAAAUUGCAGAUUUUUAGCCAAUCCAGUGCUUUCCCAUGGGAAAAGCAUUGGAUUGGCCAAAAUGGACAAGGGGGCGGGACCGAACAGUAUUAGCCAAUCAGCACCUCAUAAUAGGGAUGCAUUGGAUUAUUUUAUUUAUAUAGCGCCAUCAGAUUCUGUAGCGCUGUACAGUGAAUCCAUGCAUCUCUAUGAGGAAAAUUCAGCGUCUCCAUGCAGAUCGUGGGGACGCUGAACGGCAGGGCUGCUUACUGUGCAGCCCAGAGCCAGGAAGCCCCUCCAGUGGCCAUCUAAGAAGUGAGUGGCCACUUGGAGGUGUCCCUAGGGGGCAAUGUAAACUAUAUUAAGCUGUAGUUGUUCUGGUGACUAUAGCGUCCCUUUAAUACAUCCACAUGAUGCUCUUAUUACAUUAUGAGACGUAGUUUCACAGCAGCUAAAAAAUGCUACCUGUAUCCUAAACUGGAGAGAGACAUCUCACAAUUUAAUGAAUCUCUGUCAAUGACCGCCCCCUGCCUAUGGUUCAUGCUUCACAUUACAAUUAAAAAAUACAUUAUACUGUGCGCGUGUGUGUACGGACGGUAUAUAUUAUGCAAAUAUACUUAUGCACAGGUUGGCAGGUAUUGUAUUAAUACAUCCACUUAUUAUACACAGUUUUAUUGGUGCGUUAUAGUUACUGUGCUCAUUCACACGUCUCACCGUGGGAGUCAGGAUCCAAUGAAUAAGCCAUUAAACGAAUUAAAAUCGGUAUUGUAUGUUUUGUGCCAAAAGGUUUGGAGUGCCUAAUAUUACAGUGAUAUACACUAAAGUGUGAAUUGUUGGUAAUUCUAUGUGAAUGUCAAAUCCUAGGACAAUGAAAGUUUUCAACUGUUUUCUGUUAAGCUUUUUUUGCUUAAAGGGAUACUCCACACACCUAAAGCACAUUAGCUUGUUAAAUGAUCUAUGUGUGAAAAGUAUGUCCUUUGUACAUUUUAAAUGGGGGGAAAAAGUGCAGAUUUCAAUAGAAAUUGGCACUUUUAUAAAUGAGCCUUGUUAAACCCCUUAGGCUGUCAGUUACAUAACCGGUCCUAUUACUUUCUGGAUUGGUUAGCUCACUGAAGCUAAACUCAAGAGUUCGCAAUUGCUCAGAGCACCUGCCUAGCAAAGACUUCUCACUGAGCUGCAUUGGACAGGGUUUGAAGGUGAGGGCUUGCAAAGGCUUCAGACAAAACAUUGUAAUCUGGUCUCUAUUUACUGCAUUAUUCUGUACCUCAUCUGAGUAUUUUUCACCGUCCGAUAAACAUAGUAUUGUGAUUUUGUUCAAUCAUAUUUUUAUUGAUUUUGACAUAAAUGAUGUAAUAUUGCACUUUACUUUUCAGAAGAUACAGUCUGGAUUCCAUUGGUCAUGUUUCUCGUAACGUGGCAGCCAUGUAUAGGGAUAGCACCAUAUAUUCCCUUGCAGGUAAUUAAAGGGAUGCUGCAGCCUGGAACGGACUUCCACUUUUUAAAUGCAUUGUUUGGUUGAUGCGUUUUAGCUUCAUGUCAGUUUUGGGUUUACAGAUUUUGUAGUCAACUAAUACCAAGGAACUUUUCAGCCAAUCUCCAGUCUUCCUUUAUUUUCUAAAUAAAAACUGAGCUUAUUGUAUAAACCUCCAGCCGACCAGGGUGUAUACAUAGUUGUCACGUCACACAGUAUUAAAGGGACAUGCAUCACUUGAAAAAAAAUUUUUAAACCAGGAAGCAAACACUUUUAAACAUAUCAAAAUAAAGCAAACACAACUUUGAAAAGUAUGUAAUAAACAUUAACAAAAAAACGUUGUCAGCUUGUAAUGCAUGCUUCUCAACUAGGGGAGUUUCUUCAGCCCUCCCCACCUUAUCCACAUAGUAAUCUAGACCAGGGAUAGGCAACCUUCGGCACUCCAGAUGUUGUGGACUACAUCCCCCAUAAUGCUCUUACACCCAUAAUGCUGGUAAAGGAUCAUGGGAGGUGUAGUCCAAAACAUCUGGAGUGCCGAAGGUUGCCUAUGCCUGAUCUAGACCAUUUCACUAAUGACAGAAUAAGGGGGUCAUUGCGCAGCAGGAGGAGAGAGAACCCAUAACCGCAGAGCCUGCUCUGCAUGAUUACACUAACCGCCUGUCAGGAUGUUGCAAGGUGAAGAGAUCUUCCUACUGUACAUAGGUAAAAAUCUGUCCGGCAAGCCCAUUGCACUUUUCCAUUAUUCCUAGGGAUAGGACACUGAUUGGUCAGAUCAGUGUUCCCCCUGGAGUGGGUGUGGAAAGCAUAAGAAAGAAGAAACAGGUUUACCUGAAAAAACAUAACUCGCCUGCUUGUUUUCAGCCUGCAAAGUGAUGCAUGUUCCUUUAACCUGUGACACAUGAUCUGCACCAGUAAAAUGGAGUGAAUUAAACUCUUGGUUGGGCAGAGAAAAUCUAACGCAUAGCAAGAAACAGACAUCCAUGUUUCUCGUCUUUCUGUUGGGGACCUGUAUGUAUUGUUGAACAUUUGGUUUUUAUUUUACCUUUGUAGGUGGUCAAGUAUUUGGAAGCUUUGUUUAUUUAGGGUGUUAAGCUAAUCCAGGGCUCCUCCUGAUUCAGGAUGUUUGUGUGUAUCAUCCGCCUCGACGCACAAAGUAUUUAGAAUAGUACAAACUCUAAAUGUGAAUUUCAAAAAGGGAAAUAUCUUUAUUUUGCUGAAUGUACUCUGGUGUAUAUAUAUUUUUUAAAAAUAAUCCUAUAUGUUUAAUUUUAAUGCUAUUACUGUGAAUAUUUUGAAGACUCAACCAUGUUAUAAAUAAAAUAAUUUUAAUGUCAAAACUAGAAAGGUGUGUUUGUAUACGUUUUAUCUGUAUAUUUGUUUCACCGUUGGAACUAAACUCUUAUUUUAGGCUUCGCUAAAACCAAAAAGAGCAAUGUACAUAACAUGUUUGAAUAUCACUAUUUUUGCAACAAUGCUUUUCUUCAAUAAAUCUGGUGUGUAUAUAACCAACCUUCGUCUGUCAUUUUCCUGGAAUGAUAGAAUGUACACGGUCUGUAUCAAUCUCAUGGGUGUUGGCAUAGUGCUAAUGUCACGCUAAAUAAAUAUCCUGGAUAAUGGCACUGGCAGAAAGGCUUAGAGGCCAAAGCUGUUUGGGAGGCUGGCGCUAUUGUAAAGGUUAAUAUCUGAAUGUUUUAUUGGACCCCAUACUAUACAGUGAAUUCAUGCAUAGAAUUCAGUUUUAUUCACCAUGUGUUAUACUGUCCAGUUGAGAAUCUCUGCCGGCUAAUGGAGAAACUUGUUGCAAUAGUUAAUAUCUUCAUAUUUAAAGCUGCCAAAUGAAAUUUAAAUACGAUGCUCAAUGAAUUAACAUAUGUUGUCUUAAACUACACGGAAAUUCACAUUUUAAUGAGUAACGCGGACAGUGUAAUCCUGUAAGGGCAG